GGCAACCUGGCAGUGGUGAGACUUCAACCGGCAACCGUACCUUAGGGUUGAGGUUGACCAACUAUCAUACUUUAACCAAGCUUUCCAUAGUAUGGUGUUUUUAAAAAGAGCUCUAUAGCUUGACCACAGUCCACACUAUUAACAUCUUCAACGUUGACAAUUCAGUGACCUCAAGUGACCUUAAUCCUUGCUUUUUUUCUACAGUGAAGAAAAAUGACUUCUUGGUCUAAAUGGAGUGUAGGGGUUGCUGGAUUAUGGUUUGCCUGGCUCUGAGAGCAGUACGACCUGAGAUACUCUGAAGUAUCUCUUCGUUUAUCUUCGAAGGAUGGCUUCAUCGCGACCGUACUGGGACCAGCAUGACGAGAUGAACAGAAUGUACUUCUGUUUCGGUGCUGACUCCACAGAUCACAUCCUGAGAACACAUCAGCAAAGCUCGACCUCUGUGGGCUUUGAAAGGAGGAUGUAUACCUCAAGCUUUCACCAUGACCCCAGUCAACUCUCCUCCCUGCAGAACCAACCCGAGGGAGACCAGGUUGUUCCAUCUUUCCAGAAACUGUCCUUCUCUGAACAGGUGCCUUCAUAUUUUUCUAGAAGAGGCUCUAAACCUCUUCCUCCUCUCCCGGACAUGGGGGACCUGUCGUCUGAUGAAGCAGCGGACAUCGAAGUGGAGUUCUUUUCCAGCACCAGUGAAAGCCAACUACUUCUGCCUGAACGUUCCUCUAAAGCUUCAGCCUUUCAGUAUGGUCUGCCAAACCGCCGGAGUCUCCGCGAGUCUGGCCAGAUCAACUUCGCGUACUGUGAUGGACCACAAGAGCUGGAAAGAACCAAUAAACUGAAAUGCGAGAGGGAAAAAGUAAUGAAGCAGGAGAGGCCUCAGCGCAGGCUGUGUCGUUCCAACUCGGGUCCUGCGGCCUCGUUUAAGCCUCCUAACCUCCAGAAUCUCCAAGCACACGAGAAGCCUGAAGUCCCUCCUCGUGUCCCCAUUCCUCCCCGGACCAGAAAGACUACAGGUCUAGAUGUGGACGAGCCUCCUGCGAUUCCACCCAGGCAGCCCAUCUUCCACAGGGUCCAACGAGCUGCUAGUCCCAAAAACCUUCCCAUUUAUGUCAAUGGAGUCAUGCCUCCUACUCAAAGCUUUGCUCCUAAUCCUAAAUACGUCAGUAAAGCUCAGCACAGACCUGCGAACUGCGAGGGAUUGUCGGCGGCAUGUACCCCAUGCAUACUGCCCAUCAUGGAAGAUGGAAAGAAGGCCAGUGCAACCCAUUACUUCCUUCUCCCUCGCCGGCCGGGCUACUUGGACAAGUACGAACGAUUCUUUAAGGAGUCUGAUUCAGAAGCUGUGCACAGUGGAUGUUAAGUUAAUGGGGUUGUUUACCCAGGUAGCAAUCCGGCCUUUACUUGCAGGACAAAGUUUGUCUAGUACUUACAGUAUUCAGGUUAGUUUUAUUACUCACUACACAGGGCCACCUCAGCUUGCACCUAGAGCACUAAAAGAAAGUUAGGUCAUAAAUGCUGGACAUAGUGGAGCCGUGUGUGUGUGUGUGUGUGUGUUAGAACAGUGUCAUUAUGAUUUACAUGUUAUUUUAUUGUCCUUGCUUUAGUGUUACUAAACUUUUUGAAGGAUUUACAGCUUUUUAGUGAUGGUUUACUUGUAA